AUGGUGACUUUCAACUGCGAAGUUUGCAACGACACGGUUCCUAAAAAGAACACCGAGAAACACUAUUACAGAUGUCCACAGGCCUACUAUACGUGCAUCGACUGUAAUGUCACUUUCGAUGACGGUGUCUCAUAUAAAGCGCACACGCAGUGCAUAAGCGAAGACGAACGGUACCAGGGCGCUUUGUACAAGGGCAAAAAGACCAAGGGCCAAAACAAACAGCAACAGCAGCAGCAGCCAACCGCGGAGACCGAUGUGAAAGCAGCACCCCAGGCUGAAAAUGCUUCGAAGUCGAAAGAUAAAAAGUCAGGGAAAAAGGAACCUAAACCAACACUAAAGGCCAAAUCGAGUUCCAAGUCGCCGCUUGCUGGGAAAAAGGGCACUAGCUUGUACAAGAUUUUGAAGUCGGUCAAAGACAAGAACGAAAAGAAGGAGCUGCUAAAACAGUUGGUGGUUGACAGCGACGGGCAUUUGGUGCUGCAAGCUUAA